CGUCAUUGCGUUAGUAGUAAAAUGAAGUACUACGCCGUUUUCAUACCCGACAGAAAGGCCGAUUGUUCGGCUAAGAGCUGCUACACCGACCAAACUGAAGCGCUGGCUGUUCUGAAGCAGCACAAGAAUGCACGGUUCAAAGGGUUCGCGUCAUAUGAAGAGGCGGUGAAUUUUUAUUUGAACGGACCUUCGGACGAAGCUGUUAAAUCCACUACGCCUACCGUUCCACUAAAACAGAAAGUCGUAAAGCCACAGUUCGUCACGCCCGUCAGUCAGAAACUGGUUGCAUUUCGAAAGCUCAUCGAAGCAAACAAUGUGAGCGAGGUGCAGGCAACGAUCCAGGCGAACCCGCGUUAUUUGAUCAGUUCAGGUGAUACGCCAACAAUUCUUAAGGAAGGGCCUCGCUACAAUGCGCUUCAUAUCGCUGCUAUCGAAGGCCGUGAAGAGAUAUGUCGCUUGGUUUUGCAGGCAAUUAGUAGCCCCGCGUACAUUGAACUGCUGCACGGUCAGCGGUCUCCCGCGACCAAUGAGGUUAGUGCCAUAUUGCUGGACAUGUACUUAAACAUGCCGGACAAAAGCCGCAACGAGACGCCCUUACACUUCGCCGCAAAGCACGGUUCCGUCGGAGUGGUGAAGGAGUUGAUGGCCUAUCUUCAAUGUAAGGUAAGCCACAACGCGGACGGAAUGCUGCCUCGUGAUAUUAUCUGCAGCCGUGCAAAAGCAGUCAAUAAUACACCCGAGAUUCGUCAAGCCAUACACGAACUGUUAGAGGAACGGUUCUUUGUUCCAGUUCUGCGUAGUGACGACGAAUCAGUGCCACCAAUCGUAGGCGAACCAUUCACAACUGCCAAUCCACCGAAACUAGAGACUGAUAACGUGAUAAGUUCACGGCGAGAGAUCAAAGCGUACGCUGGUCCAAUGGAUCGCGAUAAAGCUUUAUUGUUUUUCAAACGCUGGAGAACACCUCCCAGGCUGAUUCCGCAGAGUCCGUGUGUGCGAAGUAUGGAGAGUCCAAAACCGACUGGUUUCCACCGGAAGAUCAACAGCUCAACACCCCGGAAAAUACAGCAGCGCCGGUUGUUUGGAAAUUCGUCGCUAGACAUCGGUGGACAAGAACGAGACGUUGAUUUGCUGUCUACAAAAUUGGAACGGCUAACUAUAGAUGAUUUGGACAAUAACGGUAAUCACUGGAAUCAAUGCGAUCGUGAGCUGCUCGACGAUUCAGAGGCGAGUGAUGAAAGUAGCUUCUUCAACGUGAGUUUCAUGUGCGACGAAAGCCAAGAGCUGUAUGAAUUAUCAAAUGUGGUCGAGUCGCCAUCGUGCCGGGAGCGUACUAUACGGCUGCAUGACAUUGCGAAGGGGUUGGAAACGAUAGGCCGCACGCUCGCGUUGCAACGCAACGUUGGAUGGCGAGAGCACUGGGGAUUUCUUGACGAGUUUUGCAAUCUGGCGAGUGCUGAUGGUCUACAAAAGCUCGAUGCGUAUCUAGCCGAACGUUCCUCCGAACAGAGAAAGAAGUCCGAAAAACUCUCGAUGCAAGUAAACACAAGUAUCAAUACGGAGGGAAAAACGCACUUAGAAGAAGACAAAACGACGAUCACGAAGGACGAGCGAAGCAAGGUGUCCAACUCGUACCUUUGCCUGUUGAAAUCGUUGCAAGUAUUUGCGAUAAGAUUUUCGAAAUAUUUCACAGAACCAUGGAGCAAUUGUAGCAAACCUAACUGGCUGUCCGAGGGAGCUAUUGUUAAGGUUAUUGCAAAAUUAGAUACUAUGGUAGAAAACUAUCGUCAAGACAUUGUGUUUCAUGGAAUUAACUUCUCAAAGGUACACUCACUUUUUGCUUACAUGACCAUGACAUAUAUUUUGCAGGCGUCGGAUCCUGCGUUUGGCAAGGUUAAGGAAAUGUUAUCUCAUUUUGAUACAUGUGCUCAAAGUGGUAACGACUACGGUAGUGACAGCUUGGUGUGCAUAUUCAAUGGUUUAACAUUUUACAUGAAAAACACUAAGCUCGUGCAGCCGAUUGAUUUACACAACCAAACCGAGCAGGAUUGCCGUAUCAUGUGGGAAAGAAGCAACGUAAUACGUCAAUGCAACUGCCGUACGAGUAACAAUCAUGUAAGCAAACGUACACAGGAAAGGAUGAGCAAGCGGCGUGAGCAACGAACGACUUUGGCAGAAAGUGCCAGAAUGCACCAAACGGCAGCCAACUUCGAUACAUAUCGUAACGCGGUCCAUAGUUCGGUGAAAUGCGGGAUGAAGGCGGGUGAGGAAUACUUCAGCUGCAGCGAUACGGAUGAAGAUAGUGACGACAGCGACAAUGAUAUUUAUACAACGCCACCAUCUAGUCCUAGUCCUCCGCUGCCGAAAGAAUUCAGCAAGGACAGGCAAUACAUACGUGACUUGCGGAUGUAUCAGAACGACACUGAGACAACGUUAGCGCAAAAUUUGUUUUUUGCCGGAUCAGUACCAGGCAAGGAUGACUACAAUGUUUGGAAAGCUCUGCAACACGAAGAUAUUGAUGAACAACGUUAUCCUCGCGUUUUCAAGUGGAAGAAAGCCAUGGUUGGCUACAUGGAUCGAAAAGGAAAAUAUGUUGAACGUUUGUUCUAGCUUCUGUAUGUAAUA